GAAUACGCAACGGAUUAAUUGUGCGUGCUCAAUUAGAUCCAGCUGUUGCAAAUAAAGCCGUUAACCUCGCGAUUUAUUAACUGCGAUAGUUCUAACUGCAGCAUCUCGCAAUUGCGUGUGUUGGUGAUCGAUCAAUGAACAGUUGUGUGUUAGUUGCAUGUUCUGACAGCAAAAGAUUCUCACUCUAAUCGACUAGAGUACUUGGGUUGUACGGGCCAUGGAUAUGCCUGUAUUCUAUCCACUGAAUUCAGCUCGUAUGUUGCAGAGAUUAGUUAAGGAUACAAGCUACAGGCUGCAUUUAUAAAGGAAGAUAAUUUUUUGAGAUAUUCGCUUCUUUGACUUUUGCUAGAGCAAAAGAGCUGAUUGAGUAAGGCACCGUUUCAUAGAAGGAGUUUUUCAAUGCAUUCAAUUAUUCAAUCGCACGGAAUGAUUGUGGUUGGCAAGAUUUUUAACUGAUGCAUGGGAAUUUCUGAGAAGGAGAAGCUAGUGUUCAUCAUUAUAAGCCAAGGAAUAAAAGGAGGUACGUCAGCAAAUGAAUGCAUAACAUGCACCAUGUGUAUGCAACGCAUAUUGACCAUAACAUGUAGAAGAUCUUGGAUUUAGCUGCAUCUUAAAUUCUGAAGUGAUUGUACUCGAGGGUAGGUUUAUCUAUUUUUUUGGCAAAUUGUGUACACUAGCAGACGAAGAGGUUUGUGUAUUUCUUCCCUCAAUUCUCUAACGGCAGCUGAAAAACUUUCAGGUAAAAAGGUUUGCAAAAGAAAGCUCUUAAAAUUGCAUUGUUUUGUGGCACUAAUGACUGAAAAUGGGAAAACGUCGUUGGCGCAAUGAACGUGUGUUGAUCAACGUGAAGGGCAAGCAGUAUGAGACAUUCGAACGAACUUUAGCCCGUUUUCCGAAUACUUUGCUUGGGAAUUACGAGCGUCGACAGAAGUAUUACAACCCAGAUACAGGAGAGUAUGUAUUCGAUUUCGAUACGAGUGAGAGCGCGUUUGGAGCUAUACUUUUCUAUUACCAGUCCUCUGGCAUCAUGUCAAGACCUUCGGACGUAAAGGAGGAGGAUUUUGAGGAAGCCAUGCGACUCUUUGAAAUAUUCCAAAUGCAUUUGCUGCGACAAGACAUCGAUUUACCUCAACAUCGUAGAGCAAGAAAGCUCUGGAUGAUGCUGGAAUACCCUGAAACAUCGCUAGCAGGGAAGAUAAUGGCGAACUUCUCGUUUAUGAUGAUUCUAGCAUCAAGUGUGACUUUUUGUAUUGAGACAGUGGAUAGGAAGCCAAAGGAGAUUGGAAAUCGUCGUGACAAUGUCUGGUUUACGCUUGAAAGUAUAUUCAUCGCGUGGUUCACACUGGAGUAUAUCGCGCGGGUAAUUUCUGCACCGCGUAAGUCCGACUUCUUAUUCUCGCUGCUCGGCCUUAUUGAUUUAGCUGCGAUAGUACCAUAUUUUGCAACAUUGAUUGUGAUGGAAGACGCGUCAAAUGCGCGUUCAUUCGCCAUCAUUCGUGCCUUCAGACUUGUACAAGCAUUCAGAAUAAUAAAACUAACACGUCACAGCAAAAGCCUUCAGCUAAUGGGCAAGGCAUUGCUUUAUUGCCGCGACCAAGUUGGAUCCUUGAUGUUCUUCUUAUCGAUAAACGCACUCGCCGGAGCAUCGAUAAUGUUUCAAUUAGAAUACAAAUAUAACAAAGACUUUGACAGUAUGAUUUCAGGUAUCUGGUUCUGCAUUAUUUCUAUGACAACAGUUGGAUAUGGAGAUAUUGUUCCGGUGACAAUUGCAGGGAAGAUAGCGGGAGUUUUUUGCAUCAUAAUGGGCUCAAUCACCCUGUUCCACUUGUUUCUACCUGUUUAUUUAACAUACUUCUCUCUUUUCUACAACUCAUCAAAGCACAUGAGUAGUAAAGGGAUUGGGUUUCUAUGAUCAAAUUUUUGAAGAUUGUAAUAUUGUUUGUGUUUAUUGUAGAGGUGAAAAUUUUAAACUAGCAAAUGUAUAAAUGACUGUGUAUCGAGAAAUUUUUAGUACAGGACCUUCCCUCCCUAAUCAAAGUUUGCAAAUGCCAUUGAUUGGAAGGCCAGUAUAUAUUAGCCAACCAAUCAUGGUCACAUUAGGAGAAAUGACGGCUUCUGGGAUGAUGCACUUAAGGAUUUUAAAGGCAUCCCAUGAAUUUCAGGAGUCACAUUUUCACGAUCUAGCUCCUUAGUUUCAUCAAAGGUCGAUUGUUGUAGUGUUAAUUGCUGUAAUUGUGAAUCUGAACCUCGAUUGUAUCUAUCUUUUUUAUCCGAAUCCCGAUAAUCCGUGUCUAGAUUACCCGAAUCUCGAUUACCGAAAACUUUAAUUAUUAUCUCGAUUAUCUAAAUAGCUGAAUCUUAAUUGUCUAUCUCUUCAUUAUCCAUAUAUUGAUUAUCUUAAAUUAUAUUGAUCUUUUUAUAAUCCAAAUCACGAUUACCUGAACUUUAAUCACCCAGAACUUGAUUAUCCGAAUCUUAAUAACCCGAUCGGAAUGGGAUGCAUGUCAUGAUGAAAUGUCUUUGAACGCAAAACUGCACUCUUAUUAUGUUCUAGCUGUUCCAGCUCUUAUUAUGUUCCGAAGUUUCCCUGAUUCGAGUAAAUUUUAUCCUGUUUACAAAUGUUGCUAUUUAGGCCUGCAUCGGACAGGGGCGUAGUAGACAUAAGAGCUUUGAGGGCGGCAGCCCUUCCAAAUGUUCUUAAAGUUUUCAAAGGUCCCUACCCCUUUUUAUGUAAAAUUUAUAGCAGAAAUCUCAUUUUGUCUGUAGUGGGAUACUAUCAUUUACAGAAAGUGCCAAACCUCUCUAGUGACAUUUUCAACAAUAUAUUCGCACUUGUACAUUCUGUGCAAAAGACGAUUAAAAGCUCUUGCGCAACCGGCAUGCUUAGCGGUAGCUGUUAUUUUAUACGAGAAGUUAACUGGGUUUUGUAUUUUUAUGCAGUACGAUAUUAGGCCUGUUUUGAAAAUAAAGUCGCAAGGCAUGCCGCUUGCGCAAAAGCCUUUAAAUAAAAUCAUCUUUUGUAAAAUCGUUAUUUAGGAUACGUUUUAAAUGCAAAACAAAACCGCUUGACGCCAAACCCACAAGUAAUAGUUAGCUACAACCAUUAUAAAUAACUGAACAGAAUUAUCGGCUCUGCUGCAUAUGAUAUGUCAUUCUAAAUCACAAGGAGCUCAAUCGCUGAGACAUGUAACGAACAACAAUUUUACUUACUCGCUUGUAUCCUGCUAUAUCUUCCACCUGUUAACUCUCAUUUCACAUUCUCUCCAAAACAGAAUUGUUUUUACGAAACAUGAGCGGCAGUUCAGCCAAACGCACUCACGCUGGAUUCUAAACCAAAUGAUUUCCGUGCAGUCUUUCUUUGAGUAUUGCGCAGCCCUCCACCUCUUUCCUCUGGGAAGUCAGACUUCUUCAGUUAGCCUCAUGUGAUUUGAGGCAAUAAUUCUACCUUAUUACCAUGUUUUGUUCUACUUUUGGAGUGCGAGCCUAUAACCCCAUGUGAAUUGAUAAUUGCCUGUUUUGAACAUGAAUUACCAAGGGAUGCUUCCUGCUACUUUAUGUAUAGAAGGCAGAGACUGCUGGAUAGGAGGUCAGACGUGGAUAGGAGGCAGAGGCUGCUGAGAGUCAAACUUGUCAACUUUCUUUAACUGAUAGCCUUAGAUAGCUUUUUAAAGUGAAUUAACCUAUGCAGAAAUUUGUUAGCAACAUUUUUUACGUAUAUCAAAUAUGAAUAUCAACUUUUUACGUAUCAAAUUAACCAUUAAAAUUUUUUUUGGCAACAUUCCCCAAAGAAAUUGAGAAAUUUCACAUUUCGCGUGGUAAAUGCAGAAAAACGAAAAAACAGCUUUCGUGUCGAUAUUUGAAAUCAGCACGAUGAAAACUAUUAGUAAACUGGUUUUGAUUUUUCACUUCAUUUCCCAUUUUUUCGUUUUCUUUUUAAAUCAUAAGCAAAAUUAAAGAUUCAGCGACAAGGCACCACUAGAUGGACGUUAUUUUAAACUAAAUGGUAUGGUCGCAAAUGUUUGUUUACAGCUUGCAACAGAAUGUGCCUUCAACCAAGAAACAUGUUGCACCUUGCAAGCAGCAUAUCAAGAUGCUCUGCUAUCUAUCAGAGAUCUCAAGGAGUACAUUGAUCGGCUAGAUUCAUUUGAACUCGUUUGGCACUUUCUUGUGAACCCUGUCCCCAUAACAGAUAAAAAAGGUUUAAGAAGAAACCCGAUAUGAACAAAAGUUUGUAAUAAACAAGAAGUUAUUCAAUCAAAAAUGCAUGUUUACAGAUCUACAGUGAAUCAUAAGAGGGAUUGGGUCAGAAACAAAGUGCUAUUGGCAAGCAUUGUAAUGCAAUAACAUUUAAAUAAAACAAGAAAAGAUGCUUUGUUGGUAUCCUAGAUAAAUCAAUAAUUCAUAUCAGCUGUAUAGGGAAGCUAAAAUUGGAUACUAUAGUUGAUCCUGUUAUCAAAAGAGGAAUAGGUUUAAUUGCUUGAUGACAUAUGCAAUGGUGUUUACAUUACUAAGAUAACAUUAAGCAUUACGCAUAAAUUAUGCAUAAUGCGGCAACACUUAGUAUUGAAAAGCAAAAUGUUUAUUCAAAAGAGCAUAUUAAAAUAUUUUGCUUUGAGUAAAACUUCAAAUUUUGAUUGAAUAUAGGAUUGAUGCCUAUUCAUCGUAAUUAUCAUAUUGCGUUUCAACGCGGGUCAUUUCGAUUUUAGCAAUAACAAAUGAUUCAUGUUUACAAAUGACACUUUGCAAAACAUCAAAGCUGAAAACCUCUAUGUUUUCUAGGCCUAAACCAAACUUCUGUAUUGGAAUUACCUGCGUUGGAAUCGGAGAAAUCAACGAGAAGCGAUUGCCUUCUUAAUGAUAUUCAUUGGUAUAUAGUCUUGUCUAGACUACCAGCACAUAGUCAUGUCCACAUAAAUUAGCAGAAAAACCGGCUUUAAGCAUGAAUAAACGUAACUUACUGUACUUUACAAACCUAAUCAUUUUUUCACGAAUAUUCAGAGGCCAGAACUAGUUAGACAAUAUCUCACAAGAAAAGGGCAUUUUCCUGAGAAAUUGUGUUUCAGUAUAGCCCCUUCCUAGAAACCCCCUCCCAGUAUUUAAGCUCGUCCCUUCAAUUUUAAUGUAAUGUAUGUUGCGCCAUUAGCUUGCCAGAAGCUUUUUUAUACUUGAUUAAAAUAUCAUCAUUGUUCAGGCCAUUAAUCUGUAUCAUAUUUAUCAUGUUUCUGGUGUAAAAGUGCAAAAAUUCAGUUUCAUUUAACUUUGGUCUCGAAGUGAUAUGCAGAGUAGAGUAUACAGUUCUAAUACUGCUUUCCCUGUGAAAUAAAACUUAAUGAAAUAUAUCCAACUGAAAUAUAUCUAUGAUACAUGUCAGCAUAAAGAAAAUAGCUUAACAUGUAUGGAUGAUAUCAAUUGCUGAUAUUAUAUACGAUUUUGAAUCGAUUUAAAGGCGAUCGACAGAUACAGUACUCCAGAAGUAAAUCUUCUUUCAAUCAAGAAUUGACCAAUCAGCGGGUGUGAUUCCACUUACAUGCUUAUUGAUUGGUCUAUAUUGAUUGACAGGUUGAUCCUAUCAAUAAAUAUAAAUAAAAUGUUUUCCAUAACUUCCCUCCCCUGAAAGCAAUAUAUCAUAAGCAACUGAAAUUUCCAGCAGAGGCAGCUUUGAAGCAUUUGUAAAAGGAAGAAGCUCAGAAAAUAUUGCUGUGAAGCACAACCUCAUGGGUAACUAUUGAAUUCUUCAUGCCUCUGUUUGUCGCUAGGGCCUUUGUCCAUUAUAAAGCAAGCGUAGGCCUGUCAGUGGCGGAGCCAUGGGGGAAUGGCGGGGGGGGGGAAGGACUAGUCUCCCCACUUUUCCAGAAAGUUGGUCCUUGGGAUUCUUGCAAACCUGAUGAGAAAACUUCGGGGGUUUUGUUAUGUACGUUAUCUAGAUCAUCACAUUUAAACGACAUUUCUUGAGACAAGAGGUGUUUCUUUCGGAAGAAAACUUUUCAAACAGGGGGAAAGGGUGUGGCCCAAAAGGGUGUGGUCCCUGGCACAUCUCUUGUAAAUCCCCCCCCCUCCUAUCCCAGACUGAAGCCGCCACUGUUUAUACCUAUGUGAAGUGUUACAUGUAGAAAAAAAUGAGAAAGAAAACAACUCAGUCAAGGUAGAGACUUUCACUAUACCUUUCAUGUUUACAGAACCAUCGGCAAAUGGCAAACAAUUCACGUGAAAAACAUAAUGGAAAAGUAAAGGUGCAUAUAACAAUACUGUCACGUGACUUCCUUUUUUACGCGUUCUUCUGAUCAAGUUUAAUGAUGACCUACAACAAAGAAGAAAAUAUUAUAGCAACAACAACAACAGUAACAAAAAACGAUAGCAAAAAUGAAAUACAACUCCAACAACUUCUGAAAUACAACUUUAGUUAAGACAAGUCUUGGCAUACUCAACGGGUAAGCAUUUGAUAUUUACCGUUUCUUUAAAUUUAUUUGAAAACAUCUUAUUCGGGAAAAUUAACGAGAAAACAAAAUAAAGAAAAUUAAGAUCAACAAUCGUACUUUUUGUGUGUAAUAAUUAUUACGAGCUUAACAAGAAAGCCUAUAAAAUCAGCGCUAAUAUUUUGGGAUAGAAAAGUUUUUGGAAUGCAACAAAACCAACAAACUAAGUUAAAGAAACAAAACUAAAAAACGUGUUGUUACAGCCUUCAGGCUGCAAAAUGAUUUCUGAAUCCACAGACCAAAAUGAUUCAAGGACGCGCGCUGGACUAUGUCCUAAAAUUUACUCGUAUAUCAACGUCUUAAUAAUACAUUAACCCAGAUAAAAAUGAUGUAAUAAAAAUCAAAGGAAACUGAAGCAAAAAUGUCUAAAAUCACCUUAUUUCCAAACAGGGGCACAUAAAGAGUUUCUUCCUUCAAAUAAUUCCCUACGUACAAUACUAGCUUGUUUCUCUUCUUUGUAUUGGUCAUGUGUUGUUUAUAUCAUUAAACUUCCUUUUACGUUGUUCAUACAUUUGCAAACUUGGAUUAAUGUAAACUUGUAACAAAUUUAUGUAUACAGUGCAAUUUAAAAUGAAACUGAACUGAACUUAUACAAAUUCAUGGCACCUGUGAACUCGAUAAAGGUAGCCAAGGAAUAAAGUCCAACUGAAAAUGGUUCAAACAGAGAAGGAGAUCCGGGGGUCAAGUAAAGUCUGUUUUCUGCCUAUGCCAGUGGGAUCUGUUUCGAUCAGCUUCUAAGUCGGUAACUAGAAAAUUAUGAAAACUCACCGAUUUCACGAGUGUGUAUUGUUCAAGCCCAUAUUCACCUCUGUAAGAAAUAAAAAAUAAAAAGGGUCGAACAAAACUCCAAACAGAUCAAAUCCAAUUGCAAAGGGUUAUGCUGUUUUUUAAUUGAGAAUAUGCAGUAGGGUUUGAAAAUUAAAUUAUGAAGUACAUAUGUUAAGGAUCAAACAUUGGAGAACGAAAUAAACGAUGGUAAGUGAAAGGACGAUAGCGGAGAAAACGAGAACAGACUUUUGUGUGCAUGUAUCGGGUUUACUUUCACUCAACUUUAGUAAAAAUAUCAACUGCUUGAGAACAAAAAUUUUCUGUAAAAUAAAUGUGUAUAGAAAUUUGGCAAAGGCACAGCUAGACUGGCUUUGUACCUGUCGAGCAGACAGACUUUAAACAUUCGCAAAGACUAAUAGGUUAAAGGAUAUUGAUUGGCCAAAACAAAAGCCAAUCAGAAAGCGUCAUUGGUUCAAUUGGCUAAUCUCAAACCUAAUCGGGAUAAACUUAUUGUCGUAGUUUAACGACAGUAACCUAAAAACAAGCAUAUAGAACUGGCAAUACAAUAUCACUGCUUUUUUGUGCUAUAUUCAUGGGUUCCAGAACGUCAGAUCGAAAAGGGUUUGGCGAAAUGUCUCCCGAACAUAAGACUACGGAUAAAAUACUCAAAAAAGAGGACACUCACAAUUCUCUGCCGCUGCCAGACAUUUUGAAUCCACCAAAAGGGCUCUGGGCAUUCAAAACAUCGUAACAAUUGACCCUGUGUUUGAAUUAGGAAUAAAUCGGUAUUGCGGGACUGGGUUGUCAAAUCAUGUUACAAGAAAAUUGCUCGUAAGUAGAUAAUGCAGACCAUUCUGGCCAAAGGACAUUAAAUGCAGAAGUGAAAACACCCUCGCAUGACGACAUAACGAACCAAAUUCUUACUUGAUGUUUAUACUGACAAAAGCAUGAUAUCAUACACGUAAAAUCGCGAAGUUUAUAAUCUGAAGGAAUCGUCAUGAGAAAAUGUAUGCACUCUUUUUUGACUCGGAAGAAAGCAGUUACUUUAGACAUAGCUUGCAUAGAGCAAUUAUGAAGCAUUUGCGGCUGGCAAUCCCCUUGCUUAGAAAUUCCACGCUCACUCACCAGACUGUUCCAGCUCUGAUGCCAUGCGCCACUUUCAAAGCUCUAUUGAGGUCUUUAGUGUGAACUGCAGCAGCAAGACCGUAAUAAGUGUCAUUGGCUCUUUCAAUCAGUUCAUCAAUGUCUUUGAACUUGAUGAUCUGCUGCACUGGUCCAAAUAUCUAUGAAAUUAAUAUUUAUGUGCCAUUAGGAAUCAUUCUACAUAUAAUGACUUCUCAAGAACUGAAGCCUGUUGAAAAUGUGAAAUCGAAAGAUUUUCAAUCCUGUGCAAGACAGAAAGAGAUUGCGAGGGGUAGGCCAGCAAAAAACCAGAGAAACUGCUCUGAUGAAACCUAGCGAAAAGGACUUUCUUUUAAAACUUACAUUUAAACCCAAAACAUUGAUGCUAUAAUAUAUUGUGAGAAUAAGGGUGUGAGAUGAACGUUCAGGAUUUGAGACAAACAACUCUGAAAUCGUAGUUAAGACUCUAAGACUUUAGGUUCACUUUGAGGCAGGGUUUACUCGUCGAGGAAUGUCCUAGAAAGGGUUUUCAUUGAACUUCUUUUGUCAGCAAGAAUUCAUUUCAAAUCACUAUAUUUUCAACUCAAUGAUACUUGACACAUCUUCUGAUUGAGAACGAACUAAAGAUAGGGGGAAAAGGGAAAGGUUGCUUGGUAUACUAGAAAUCAUAUUCUAUUAGCAAACAUACCUCUUCUUUGGCAAUGCGCAUGUCAUCAGUGACGUCAGAGAAGACAGUUGGCUCGAUGAAGAAUCCUUUGUCACCAGCCCGUUUGCCUCCGCAGUUCAAUUUUGCACCUUGCUUCUUUCCACUUUCAAUUAAGUCCAGGAUCUUGUCAAAUUGUUCCUUGUCAAUCUGUUACAAAAACUAAUGUCUUUAAACUGUUGAAAAAGUGAAUAAACAAACAAGUUUCUUGAUCUUGAAAACAAAUAUUAAUGUGCUUGCUAUACGUAGCUGCUUUGAUUAUUUCAAGAAAAGUACGAAUAAUACAAUGCAUAUAAUCAGGAAAUACUCGUUAGAUAAAAACGGUUUAAUUUUUAAAGGUUAUGUUCAAACGAAUCAUACAACGAUGUGGAUAUUGUAAUUAAAAAUUGAACCUGGGGUCCCUGUUGCGUUGAACUAUCCAUAGGGUUUCCCACUGUCCUCUUUUGAGCUCUCGAAACGCUCUUUUUAACAAACUCGUCAUAGACAGACUCUUCAACAAAUGUACGGCUUCCUGCGCAGCAGCACUGCCCUUGGUUGAAAAACAACGCAAAAUGACUCAAUUCCACAGCUUCAUCAAUAUCAGCGUCAGCAAAAAUUAUGUUUGGACUUUUCCCUCCAAGUUCUAAAGUGACAUUUUUCAAGUUACUUUUCCCCGCGGCCUGUUGAAUAAUUUUACCAAUCUGCAGAGCAAACAAAAAAAAUCUAUUAAAAACUGGCACUCCAGAACAAUAACACACAUCAUUUAAAUCUUUUUUAUAGCCGGGUAUGAUAGCUUGGAAAAAUAUUAUUAUCAAUCAUUAUUACUAUAAUAAUUAAUUAUGAAUCGUAUUAAUCGUUGAAAGCCAAGGCUAAUGAUGAAAUUAAUUUUAAGCCCCUGAGAGGUGGCGCUCAUUAGAGGGGGGCACUCAUUAGAGGGGAAGGGGGCCCAUUGCAAAAGAUAGUAAGGAACUCAAAAAUGUAAUUUUCCCAAUGGAAAUACUAGGUUUUAAAAGUAUGUUUUAACCGAUGACUAUCGUGAUGAUUUGCUGGUCUCCAUCUGUGUUUGUAAUAUUUAGGGGCGCUCAUUGAAGAGGAGUCAGUCAUUCAGAUUUUUGCUCAAAUUUGACCUGCCACAUUCACCUGCUUAAUUUCCCUACCAAAUUUCCCUACCAAAUUCAACUGCCACAUUCCCCUGCCUAAUUACUCUACCUCGACCCCGGCCUCCUUUCCUUGCCCUCUUCUGAGGCAACAGCAUGUCCUAAGGAUACUAGAGGCAAUUUUUUUUAUAUGCUAAGAGGUAUCCAUUGCCUUUCUGCCAUUUACAUAAAAAAAUUUCUUUGAAAAAAAAUAAAAACAUUUCAAAAUUCAAGCAAAAAAAGCAAGAAAAAAUAAAUAUUUUUGAGAUCAUCAAUUUAUAUGAAGGUGUAUAAAAGGCUCUAUGGCAAGUUUCCCUUGUUGAAACCUAUUUACGAAUUCGUGCCAACUGUAGGGAGAAGGAGUAUUUUUAGAUACUUUUAUAAUUCCUUUAAGUCUUACACCAUCUUAAAUGUAGGUAAACUGAAGCAAUGAUAAAAAAGUAUAAAUGUACCUCAGUUGAACCAGUGAAUGCAACUUUGUCCACAUCCAUGUGCUCCGAAAUGGCAGCUCCAGCUGUUGGACCAUACCCAGAGAUAAUAUUGACAACACCAGGUGGAAAUCCAGCCUAAGGAACAAUGAAGCUAUGUUUCUAACUACACAUAAUUGGUACUGACAAAAAACAACUAUAACUGAUGGAGAGUACUGUAUAGGAAUACACCAGUCAUCUAAAAAACUGGCUAAGGCAGGUAUUUAGCAAAAUAGCAAGGCAAGAGAAAACGAUAUAGAGAAAGCAAGAUAUAAUAAGAGAACUAGUUCUCUUAUUUUAUCAGGCAGAAAGUGAAGAAAGCUCGUGGUCUUUGUCAGAGCAUGAUCUGUAUCAAGGGCAGUAGGAAAUAUGCUCUCGUUUGUACCAUGAAAGGCUGUGACUCUAGAAGUACCUUUUAUUGUUUAAGAUGCAAACACGGUAAAUCAAAUGGGCUCAACAAGGAGAACCAUGACAACUAUGAGGGGACAAGAGACCAAUUUUCUCAUAUAUUCUGAUACAAGCAACCACAAAAGUAACAGUACCUUCAUAGAGGCAUAUUUUUCAACAUUCUUACAAAAAUCCCCCAAGAAAAUUAAAAAAACUUCAAAACAGUUGUCAUUACUACUCUCCGAGCCAACGCCAUGACGACUAUGGGCUCAAAUCUCUUUAAAAACCAACAAAACAUUUUCUUGGCGAUGUUUAAGACAGUGGUUAAACGAAUCGAAAGUGAAAGAGGCAAUAUGUUUGCGAAAUUGUGAUCUUUCUUCCGUGUAUUGAUUUACGACAGCCAAAAUUUGACACUUUUGGUAAACAGACCAGUUUCCCCGUUGACCUGUAGAUUGGGCAAAAGUCUUCCGGGUUUCCAAAAAGCCAUGCAAAUCUCUUCUUUAACAAUUACUAUAUAUGACGAGAAAUGGACCAUAGUAAAUCCCAAGACCUGAACGGAAACAUUAUUUUUACGACUCUGAAGACAUCAGUGACCACUAAAAGCUAAAAGUAAUGGCUUUACCUCUUUUAUAAGGCUAGCAACGUACAGUCCAGUCAAUGGAGUUUGCUCGGCCAAUUUCAUAACAACUGUGUUUCCACAGCAAAGAGCCGGUCCAAGUUUCCACGCUUGCAUAAGUAUUGGGAAGUUCCAAGGAAUUAUCUGGCCUACAACACCGACUGGCUCGCGUCUUGUGUAGUUGAAGAAAUCUCCAUCUGUCAGAGAAAAGUAUUCUUUAAUACUUUUAUUUCAGCAUUAGCGAGGCUGACAUUCAUUCCAAGCCUUAAAUAAAAUUUUCACUUUCUCACUUGAUGUUCCUUUUUUCCAUAAAUCAAUUCAAAAAUUCAUGAAACCUUCUUUUUCUAUUACUCACUUCACAGAACCAUCUAUUACUCUACAUCUAUAGCUGAGCAAUAGAGUUGUCAAGUGAUGACGUCAAAAGUGUAUUUUUAGAAUUUUUGAAAUUUGUUCCAAUAAUCUGAAAGAACAUCAUGAAAUACCUCUAAAUCUGCAAAAUCAGUUAAACUUAUUACGUAUUGGCUGAGAUAUGACCAGAUGAGCACAUGCUCUGGCCCCAUGAAACCUCUGUAAUUUAGUCUCAGUUCAUAACUUUCUGAACUGAGCCAAAAUGGCAGUAAUCCGUUAGCAAACUUAAAAUCUUCAAUUGGCCAUUGCUCAUCCGAUUUUUGACAAAUUUAACUGAUUUUGCGUAUAUGGAACUAUUUUAUGGUGAUCUUUUAUGUUAUGUGGUCAAAUUGCAGACCCAAAGCACUAGUUACGCAUCAAUCGAUCAUGCAACUCGAAUAUAUAUGGACAUACUGCCUUUGAUCCGAGAAAUCAGACAGAGGAAUGAGCUUACCUGUAGGAAUGGUCUUUCCGUGUAUUUUGUCUGCCCAUCCAGCAUAGUACCGAUAGCAUUUAAUGGUGAGGCUCAAAUCGAUGUUGUAGGAAUCAGAGUAAGGCUUUCCGUUGUCCAGUGUUUCCAAUUCCUAAAAGUGCAUUUCUAUUUAAACAACAAGUAAAGAUCUUAUGCAGGGGAAUAUAACAGAUUUUUGAAUUGAUUGCAACCCUUAGCUUAUUGUUCAAAAAUCUUCUUUUACGCCAAGUGGAUUUUUUGCUCUGUCCGCUAUAUGAUUUGAAAUACUUGGUAGGCUUAAGAGAAACUUUUCUUAAAUAGGUUUCCCUAGAAAUACUUUUUGACAGCGAUAUCAUGAGAUGCAAGCCAAAGUGGUCGCCCCCUUAUGGAUACGAAAGCAGAGGACAUUUUUGAGCAAAGAUUGAUAUUAAGCGUCCAUAAAGCUCAUUGACAUCUUCAUAACUUGACUACAUGCGCCCUUGUCUCCACCAUUUGGUUGCCCAUACGCCCUUGUCUCCACCAAACACCCUUGUCUCCACCAAAGGCCAACAUAUAAUUAAAAAAAGGAAUUCUUAAAGUUUUAUUACUCGAGACGAUCAUACUGUGAUGUAAUGCAUGAGCCAUUAUAUUUCUUCAAAAAGGGUUGCAGAGACAUCAAAACAUCUACUUUUCAUAUUCAAUUAUGACAUACAUAUCAAAAUAAAUUAUGUUAUAAAAAAAUUGAAUAAGUUAAAUUGCAAUAUUAUCAAAUAUUCUUUUAAACUAGGAUUUAAAGCGGAGGCCAAUGUUUAUAUUCACACUGCCAUAACUCCCACCCCACCCUUAUAAAUUAAUGUUAUUACAGCUUUGCCAUCUAUAUACGUACAUUUAUGCAACAUCACUCUGAGUAAAGUUUUGCUUCACCUUAAAACAACUAAAUGAAUUCAAACACACUAAAGACUUCUAGACAGUUAAAAAUACAAUUGCACUGCAAAAUCAAAACAGAAGAAACUCGAUCUUUCCACAACUCGAUCAUCUUAAAUUGGACUAAAAAUUUGUGACAUAAGGUGAGAUCCAUGUGAUAAUUUGUCUAAACGAACACGGUUAGCUUACAUCUUUGAGUGAAAAAAGAUCUUAUCAUAAAAUGGUUAUUGAAAUUUCCAAAUUAGAAUAGUGAUACACGAUUUAUUUUUAAUUAAUACAUGUUUAAUUCAGAAUUACACGAAGGAUCAGUAAAAACGGGUGCUUUAAUUCCCGAAGCAAUCUUAGAAAAGGGGAUUCUAGGAUAAACCUAGAAAGCAUGUCGUAUAAAAUAAAGCAAAGUCAGGUUAAACUCUGAAAAAUCAGAGUUCAAGUAGCAAUCCAUACUGUCAAUUUCUGAUUUUAAAAUU